AUGUUGCAAGGGCUGCAGUACAACUACCACAUGCUGUCCUUCCUCCACCAACAACUGGGAAGAGUGAAAGACUUGGAGAGACCAUCCGAAGCAACAACAGAAGAAUGGCAAGCUUUCCGUCUGUGCAUUGAAAAGGCAGACAGGCUGCUCGUCAAACACUCAGAGUCAUUUGACAUCAGAACCUUCUACAAAAUUGACGAUGUCCACAAAACCGUUGAUGAAACCUGUGGGUUUCUGCAGGCGCUGACUCAAAAAUGGCAGAUGCACUGUGCCUCAGAGCUUGAAGGUGCUGUGCCCAUAGGCUGUGUCAGGGAUGACAGAGAGUACUUGCACAAACUGCUUUGCUACAUUCUCAAGGGCAAGGAGAGUAGUGUCGACGAGAACUUGCUCGAUUUAUGGAUGCCCAUCAAACGUGCCCAUGAAGAUGAGCUGAAACUCUUGUUGAUCAUUGCUGAAGAUGCUCUUACCUUGCACAGACGGAUAGGUGAAGGUGGAUAUGGUCUUGUGUACGAGGCACAGUGGGGCAAUGAUACAGUGGCUGUGAAGAGGCCACUUGCUGAAGGUGACUUGCCAAUUGAAGAGUUUGCAGGCUUUGUCAAGGAAGUGGUUGUGCAUGCGAAGCUCAGACACCUCAAUGUUGUCCAGUUGUUUGCAACCACUCCAUCUGGAUGGCUAGUCAUGGAAAAGGCAGACACAGAUCUUGGGGCUUUGUGUCGAAGUUCAAUGAAAAUUGGCUGGAGAGGAACACUCAACCUCCUGCGACAGGCCGCAAAAGGGUUAUGUUUCUUGCACAGACUUUCUCCUCUUGUUGUCCAUUCAGACAUUAAAAGUUCAAACUUUCUCAUAUUUGGGAUGGAUCCAGAAAACUGCAACGUGAAGAUCAUGGACUUUGGACUUGCAUUUGAAGUUGUCAAAGGGAGGAGCAAGACGACCAGGUUGGGAGGGGGAACACUGGAGUGGAUGGCACCCGAACUGUAUGAAGGGGAGCCUACCUCGGCCCCAUCUGACAUCUUUGGCUUUGGGGUCGUCAUAUAUGAGGUAGUGACAAGAGCACAUCCAUAUGGAGCAGACAAACUGAUGCGCGCUGAUGUAAAAAAUGCUACAGUGAUGAAGAGGAAGCUGUCUGGUGCAGAGCCAUGCACAGUACGACCUGAGGAUUGUCCUGAAGAAAUGCGGCUGCUCAUGCAGCGCUGUUGUUCCAUCAACCCUGCAAAACGGCCAACCAUGAUGGAAAUCACCCGAUGUUUACAGGAGCUGCCAGAAAAUUGGAGUCCUCAUCAGCAACCUCUGAGUAAGAUUGGAUCCUGCAAUCUUCAAGGAGCGUCCGGGGAGCAUGCAGCAAAGUCAGAUCAUCUGAGCAAUCAGCUCCAGGGGCUUGCACCACAGCCACCAAGAUCUGUGGAGACACCAGAUGCUGUGAUGGAAGACAUUGCAGAAGAUGAGGAAGCGCAUGGGCAUGGUGGGCAAGCGUCCAACGAUCCAGAUUGGCAAGACAAACUCGUCCUAAAGGAGCACGAAAACUGGGUGCGGUGGCUGGUCGUGACAAAAGACUGGCUGGUGUCUGGAUCUGAUGACAGAAAGAUUCGUGUGUGGAGAUUGGGGCGUUGGGAGUCCACCCAGUCAGUGCUUGAGGGGCAUACGGGUUAUGUGGUGUCAUUGGCAGCCAAUGGCAAAUAUCUUUUCUCUGGGUCUAGUGAUAAGACAGUGAGGGUGUGGAAGCUGGGGACCUGGGAGUUCAUGCGCGUUCUGGAAGGGCACACCAAUUGGGUGUGGACACUGGCAGCGACAAGAGACCAUUUGUUCUCUGGUUCUGAUGAUGAGAGCAUCCGCAUGUGGAGUGUCAGCACGUGGAGGUGCGAGCGUGUGCUCCGAGGGCACACCAAUCACGUUUACUCAUUGGCCAUCAACGACCGCUUCUUGUUCUCCGGCUCCUAUGAUAAGACCAUCAGAAUAUGGAGACGGGGGGAUGGGGAGUUCUGGCGAGUGCUCCGAAGGCACUCUGAUUAUGUGUUGUCUUUGGCCGUCAGUGGCGACUUUUUGAUUUCAGGGCAUGCCAGUGGAAUCAUUCGCGUUUGGAGCCUUGCCACAUGGGAUUGCGUCAAAGAGCUGAGGGGGCACACUAAUUGUGUGCAGUCACUGGCAGUCGGGGGCAGCUUGUUGUUUUCAGGAUCGGACGACAUGACCGUUCGGGUGUGGAGGCUCAGCACUUGGGAAUGCAUCCGAGUUCUCAAAGGGCAUGCCCAUAACGUCAAGGCGGUGGCAGUCAUCGACAAACGCCUUUUUUCUGCGUCUGCUGACAAAACCGUUCGAGUGUGGGACAGAGUGGCAUAA